AUGUUUCAGUUUAUUCCUUUUCCAAUAUCAUUCACGAAGAUGAACAUAUUCAAGAAACCAAUAACAGCAGUGACAACUGGGCUAACGGCUAUUACGUCCAAUGAAUCCCGCAAAGAAAACUCAGACUCCUCCUCCUCCUCCUCCUCCAAGAAAAGCACACCUGCAGUUCUUACAAUCUCCUCACACAAGCAAAGGGAAGAUUUCAAUGAAUUGAACGAGAUUGAAUCGCAGCGUAUAGUGGAGGGGUUGAACAAUGCCGCCACUUCCAUCUGGUCGAUCAGUGCUGGGAUAUCCCGUGUUAACCGCAAGAGAAAUAGGUACACCAACGUUACACCAUGGGAUCGAACAAGAGUGAAACUUCCCGUUGUGGAUGGAUCCUUUUCGGAUUAUAUUAACGCAUCACACAUUCACUUGAAAACCACAGCAAGCAAAAUAUCUAACAGAUACAUUGCAUGUCAGGGCCCAUUGGAACAUACAACUCACCACUUUUGGGCAAUGUGUUUCAACGAACUGGAAAAACAAAAAAAUGACGUGGUUGUUGUUGUAAUGGUGACCCCUUUGGUCGAAAACGGAAUGGUAAAGUGCGACAGGUAUUGGCCGGAAUUGCAUGAAACGUGGGAUUUCACCUCCAAGAAUGCAGAGGAUGGUAUCAAGUAUGAAAAAUUAACUCUCACAAACAUUGGCGAGAAUCACAAGGAACUGGAAGAUUACUUGAUAACCGAAUUGGAGUUGAAAUCGCCCACCAAGAGCAAAAAAGUUUAUCACUACUACUAUUAUAAAUGGGCAGAUGCCAAAGUGCCUCCAUCUAUCGAACCGUUAAUUGCCUUGUCGCGCAGUGUUUAUAAGAUCAAUCAGCCAUUGAUCGAAUCUGGCAAACCGCUUGUGCCAAUAGUACAUUGCUCUGCCGGAGUUGGUAGAUCUGGAACAUUUAUGGCUUUUGAUCAUUUGUUUAGAGAUGCAGACAAGUUUCGAAACCUAGUGCACGAAGACAGAAUAGCCAGUAAGGAUUUAGUAUACCAAUCUGUCUGUCAGCUACGUAACCAACGUAUGAUGACGGUGCAGACUGUGUACCAGUAUUGCUUUUUAUAUGAAGCUGCUAGAACUAUAUAUAAGAGAUAG